UGGCCGAGGGCCGCUCCCGCCGCACUCUGGACCGCCGCCGGCCGAGAGGCGCGCAGCUCCGGGCGCGCGAGGAGAGAGGGCAGUCUGACUCGCAGGGCGCCUUCCCGUGCGCGGAUCCAAAGACGAGGAUGAGGCGCCACCCGCAGCUGCGCGUCGCCCGCCCCACUGGCCGGGUUUCACAAAUGACGCUCUUUCUGGGAUUGGUGCUGCUGCUUAGUGGUAAGGUGCAAGCUGGAGAAAAGUCUUAUACAGGACCUUGUGCGGGAAGAGACUGCAGUGGGGGUUGUGAAUGUUUCCCAGAAAAAGGAGCUCGUGGCCAACCAGGACUUCUUGGGCAGCAGGGAUUCCCAGGGCCGCCUGGAGUGGGAGGUAUCCCAGGACUUCCGGGGCACAAAGGAUAUAAAGGCGAAAGAGGCCAACCAGGAAUAACUGGACCAAAGGGAGAAGCGGGACAAAGAGGAGUCACUGGUUUUUCUGGUGCAGAUGGCAUUCCUGGUCAUCCGGGUCAAGCAGGAUCAAGGGGCAAGCCAGGCCAUGAUGGCUGCAAUGGGACCAAGGGGGACGCUGGUCAGCAGGGAGGCCAGGGACCUGGAGGCUUGCCCGGAUUCUUUGGAAUCCAAGGACCCAAAGGUCAGAAGGGAGAGCCCUUUGUUUUUACUCCGGAAUUAGCCGUGCAGUUCAAGGGAGACACUGGUGACCCAGGUUUCAGGGGCUUCCCGGGACCGCAAGGUGCUCCUGGUGCAGUGGGUAUAUUUGGUCCAGUUGGAAACACAGGUCUACCUGGACCUCCAGGGCCACCAGGAUCUCCAGGACUUCAGGGCAACAAAGGCCGUGGCUUUCAUGGAGAAAAGGGUGACAAGGGUGAUAUUGGGCCCCCUGGUCUCCCUGGGCUCUCAUCAACAGGAGAGUUUGUUACUUCAACAGAUAUAAUUUCAAGUGAAUAUAAGGGUGAGAAAGGAAUAAAAGGAAUAAGGGGAGAAGCUGGAAUUCCAGGUCAUCAUGCACUUUCAGCAGAAAAGGGAGAGGAAGGAAUAACAGGCUUUACAGGACAAAGGGGUUUGCCGGGAAUCAACGGUCUCACAGGAACAGAAGGGGAUGUGGGUUUCCCAGGACAUGAUGGCUUCCCUGGCUCCCCUGGUCAAAAAGGAACUAAGGGAGAGCCAGGAGACAAAGGGGCUCAAGGACCAACAGCUUAUGCACCACAUCCCAAACUAAUAAAAGGUGCAAGAGGUGACUGGGGAAUCCAUGGUGCUCCUGGGCCUGAGGGAGACCGGGGUGAGCAAGGCAGUCCUGGAAGUCCUGGUCCGCAAGGAUCAUCAGAUGAUAACUCUGUGGGAAGAGGUUUGCCUGGAGAAAUGGGUCCCAAAGGCCUGGUUGGUGAUCCAGGUUUCGCAGCUAUUUAUCCAGGUCCUCCAGGAUUAGAUGGCGAUCUGGGAUUACCUGGAUUACCGGGUGUCCCUGGCCCUCCAGGAAAUCCAGAUACUUCUGUCGCAGUGAAGGGUCUUCCAGGGUUUCCUGGUCCUCCAGGAGACCAAGGUUACCCAGGACUACGAGGGCAAAGGGGGUUGAAAGGAGAACCAGGAGAUUGUAAAUGUGCUGAAAGUACCGAACGAAAAAGAGGCCCUGCUGGGCAACCUGGUCCCCCAGGCUUUCCAGGUCCAAUGGGAGAGGUGGGGGGAAAAGGAGACCCUGGCGACCAAGGCCCACACGGAGUGCCUGGCUUUCCUGGCGCAAAAGGAUUCCCUGGUGUACCUGGGCCACCUGGACAACAAGGGCCAAAAGGAGAUUCACGAUAUGUUACCACAAGAGGUGCUAAAGGAGACCAAGGAAUUCCAGGAAUUCCUGGAUGUAAAGGAGAAGAUGGUUUGCCAGGAAGAGACAGCACAGAUGGUUUACCAGGACUACCUGGGCUUCCAGGUGAUGGUGUACGAGGUGAACCAGGGGAUCCUGGUGAACCUGGUCCGUUAGGCCCAAAGGGUUUUCCCGGAGAAGAAGGCUUGCCAGGUGUUGGCUUGCCAGGCCCAAAGGGAUAUCCUGGCCCUCUGGGUGACCCUGGGGUUCCUGGGAGUCCUGGCUUCCAAGGUUCCCCAGGACCUCCAGGCACUCCUGCUGAAAUAGAUUGUGGACAGACGGUCAAAGUCUUUUUCAGUGGUAACAGAACUGAGCCAAUUCAGUCAGGAACUAGUUGUAUUCAAGCGCCAAAAGGAUCUCCAGGGAUUCCAGGGAGUCCAGGACCAAGAGGUGCCAAAGGUACAAAAGGGAUUGCUGGCGAACUGGGUCUGCAUGGAUCCAAAGGGCUGAAAGGCUCUCUGGGAGAUGAAGGUCGCGAGGGCUUAGCAGGCCCACAAGGAUUUCCUGGGCCCAGAGGAAACAGAGGUGCACCAGGAUUGCCUGGGGAGCAGGGCUUUCCUGGGAGUCCAGGAUUGCCAGGUUGGCCAGGCCCUCCAGGAGUGAAAGGAGUUGCAGGCGACCGACUUGGAGCACCCACAGGCCCCCAAGGGGAUGCUGGGCCACCAGGAAGCCCAGGACUGAAAGGCCCCCCAGGAGAUCAUGGCUUGCCAGGGCUGAGAGGAAGUGAUGGCAUUCCAGGUCAGCCUGGAGCUAAAGGGCAUCAUGGGUCUCCUGGCUCUGCUGGCUUGAGUGGUUUGCCAGGACCACAAGGAUCAUUUGGAUUCCCUGGACUGCCAGGCCAGCAAGGGAUCAUGGGCAGAGCUGGCUCACCAGGGUUUGUGGGCUCACCGGGUGCCAGAGGAGAUGCAGGAGACCCAGGGAAACCUGGUCCUGUAGGAAUGAAAGGUCUGGCAGGUGACAGAGGUGAACCCGGUUUCUUUGGAACUAAAGGCAAGGCUGGUGAGCCUGGUCUCCCUGGGGUGGACGGAAUGCACGGUCUUCCAGGUGUGAAAGGUGUUAAAGGUUCCUCUGGAAUUGGAGGUUUCAAAGGUGCGAUAGGAGUCAGAGGGUGGCCAGGGCAGAAUGGAAUCAAAGGAGAGCAUGGCUUCACUGGCCUGCCAGGGAUUCGAGGUUUACCUGGUGACUCGGGAUUGAAAGGUGACCGUGGUGAACGUGGCCCACCAGGAUCGCCCCCUAAAAUCGUGCCAAGUAUGAUGCUUGAUGUGAAAGGCGAAAAGGGAAAUGAAGGAGAAAGUGGUGCCCAAGGGAGCAUUGGUUUCAAAGGCACAAAAGGAGCACUAGGCUACCCUGGGCAGACAGGAAGGCCAGGUUCACCUGGCUUUCCAGGUUACGAAAAAGGUCAGAAAGGUGACUAUGGACUUAAAGGAAUAAAAGGCAUACCAGGAUAUAUAGGUGUCUCAGGAGGUCGUGGUAUUUCUGGUUUCCCUGGAGCAACGGGAAGGAGGGGGGAAAAGGGAAUUCCAGGGCUUGAUGGUAUUUUUGGCGAAAGUGGCCAGCCUGGAGAAAUUGGUGACUGGGGAGAUACUAUAAACUUGCCAGGAAGAGCAGGUUUGAAAGGAGAUGCUGGCAUAACUGGAGCCACAGGGGAAGAAGGAGCAAAAGGAGGAAAAGGUGAUGCAGGUGAUCCAGGUUUCCCUGGCAUUGAGGGCAUGAGGGGCUCCCCAGGCUCCCCUGGAUUGCAAGGGCAAAGAGGAUUCCCAGGGCAGGUUGGCGAACAAGGUUUAUCUGGCGAUCCAGGAUUUCCUGGAUCAUCAGGUGAAAAAGGAAGUUCUGGGUGGAUUGGGCUUCCAGGAAGUAAAGGUGCUGCUGGCACCAGAGGAAUCCCUGGAUUACAUGGUUUGCCAAGUACCAAGGGCUUUCCAGGAUCCCCAGGUCCAGAUGGAUAUGGCCCACCAGGUUUCCCAGGUAUUUGGGGUGACAAAGGUGCCGCUGGAGAGCCAAGCCCAAUUGCAGGCAGCAGAGGAGCUCCUGGUCCAAAAGGAGAAAGAGGAGAUCCAGGACAGAGAGGCUCACCCGGUAGCCCCGGACCUGAGGGAAGACCAGGCCUUCCUGGAGUUUCAAACAUAUCUGGAGCACCUGGUGAUGUGGGAUCACCAGGUUUGGAUGGUGUGCCAGGCUACCCAGGACCACCAGGACCACCAGGAAUAGCUGCUCCACCUGGAACCAAAGGAGAAGUGGGGCAGGUCGGCAUAACUGGAGAAGAUGGUUCAAAAGGACUUAGAGGAGACCAUGGGCCAGAUGGGAGACCUGGAAUUCCAGGGGUCCCUGGGGCAAAAGGAUAUAAAGGGGAACAAGGAAUCAUGGGUUUUGUUGGCGUAUUGGGAAUGCCUGGUGCCUCUGGCCCCACUGGACCCAAAGGAGACCGAGGAUUUCCUGGAUUUCAGGGACCUCCAGGUUCCCCUGGACUGCCUCCUGUCCUUCCUAAACUGGUUUCAGAACAAGGGAUCCCAGGUGCUCCUGGAUACAGAGGGCUUCCUGGCACGUUGGGUGAGAUGGGUCCUCAAGGCCCACCAGGAUCUCCAGGUUCUAGAGGCCCCAUGGGUAAACAAGGACUGCAAGGAAGAGGGGGAAUACCUGCAGCUCCAGGCUUCAGAGGUGAUCAAGGGAGAACAGGACUGCAGGGCCCAGGGGGCUUUGAAGGUGCAGCAGGUGACCCAGGUACUCCUGGGCUGCCAGGUAUGCCCGGCCGCAGCAUCAACAUGGGGUAUCUUUUGGUGAAGCACAGCCAGGCGGAUCAAGAGCCCAUGUGUCCAGUGGGAAUGAGCAAACUCUGGAGUGGAUACAGCUUGCUCUACUUUGAAGGACAAGAUAAGGCACACAAUCAGGACCUAGGUCUAGCUGGUUCAUGUUUGACUCGAUUCAGCACUAUGCCUUUUCUUUACUGCAAUCCUGGGGACGUCUGCUAUUAUGCAAGUCGCAAUGAUAAGUCUUAUUGGCUCUCAACGACAGCCCCUCUUCCAAUGAUGCCUGUGCAAGAAGAAGAAAUCCGGCCUUAUAUCAGCCGUUGCUCCGUCUGUGAAGCGCCGGCUGUUGCCAUAGCCAUUCACAGCCAAGAUGCCACUAUUCCCCACUGUCCUGAAGGAUGGCGCAGCUUGUGGAUCGGCUAUUCCUUCCUCAUGCACACUGCGGCUGGUGCCGAAGGUGGCGGACAAUCACUUGUGUCUCCGGGUAGCUGUCUGGAAGACUUCCGAGCAACACCAUUCAUCGAAUGCAACGGUGCUCAGGGAACCUGCCACUACUUUGCGAACAAAUACAGUUUCUGGCUUACCACCAUUGACAAUCCAUUUCAACACUCCCCUUCAGCAGAUACACUCAAGGCUGGACUCAUCCGGACACACAUCAGCCGAUGCCAAGUCUGUAUGAAAAAUUUGUAAAAAAAAAAAUAGUAAGUCAUCUUGCAAUGGCAAGGAACAAAUCUUGUUGGUGCUUCUUUAACUUUGUUACCUCAAAAACUGAACUUACAGUUGAUCACCAUUUCUCUGAAAGAACAAACCACUGCCAGGGUUUACAACCAGGUUGGUUCUGAUUUCAUUCCCAUAAUUUUCUAAGUAGCUUUUUAUUGUUGCAGAAAGGUUCUUUUCAGGGUUGAAAUAACUGACAGGAUAUAAUUUCCUAACACAUUUGCUGACCACUAGGUCUGAUUUACAGCACUAAAAGGGGUUUUAUGCAUUUUUACUGUAUACUUAACCACUGAAAACAGCUCAUAGUCAUUGAAUAGUAACCAUACAUUAAGAUGGAUGUGCAAACGUACAUGGGAACCGGCUCAAAGAGCUGAGGUUUAAGUACCAUAUUGGAACAAAAAAAUGAUGAAAAUAGAAGUUGCGCUCUGCCUCUGUAAGACUUUCAUCUGUAAGACUUUGGCUACAAUUCAGCCAGGAGUUUGGCAUGUUUCAGAGCCACCAACAUCAAUGGAACUUUAAACCUGCACCUUCUUGCUGUAUUUAUGUUGCAACUUCAUUUCAGGGCCAAAUUUUUCCACCUAAAUGCUUUUAUUAAACAAUAUGUUGCUUCAUAUGCAUAAUUGUCUCUAUAGCUUACAGGACCUGCAUAGGUGUUGCUUUUGACAGGUAACACACCAAAAAUUUUGACACCUUGAACCAGGUGUGGGAUUGUAGCCUGCCCUGAGCUCCUUUGGGAAGAAUAACAUAUAAAUUAAAUAAUUUAAUUAAAUAAAAUAUAUGUUGUGCUCACUGAGCCCCCAAACUCAACCAACAGAUGCACUGCACCAAGUGCAGAGUUUAGUUGUCCCUCAAUAUUGCUGCAGGAAAUUAGAUACCAGCAAGGCUUUCUUCAGCCAUGCCACCGAACACAUUGUUGCUGCCGCUCCCAGGUGACCAUAAGGCUCAGGAAGGUGCCUUUGAGCUCCUUCCCUGGAGUUGACCAGGCUUCAAUUCAAAACGUACAUGCUCUCUCCCAUUGUACCCAAGAGGGACUUCUGAAUACUCAUGCUUAGGAUUCUGCUGCCAGUCUUUUCCUCCACUGCUCCCAGGUGCGAGCAGAGUGGAGGAUGAGUUUACAACCACACAGGCAAGGGAAGCAAAUUGCGCAAAUGGCACAAUUUUCACCACCCAAGGAGAGUUAGGGCCUCUACAGAGAUCCUGUUUAUUACACAUUCAUGACUGAGACAGCUGUACACCAUUCUGCUUUCAGUACUAUUUGUGCCUACAGAAGUUCCAGAGUGGACAUAUUGCUUCAUUUCCAACAGGUGCAUGUCCCACAGUUUUCUUCAGAAAUCCUGUAGCUUUCCUUAUCACAUAUGUUGGGGGGGGGGUUCACUCUACUUUGCUUGUGCUGUAGCACAAGAGUACCCCUCUAGACAGCAAGACUAAGAAAGCAGACUGAUGCAUAAGCAGUUCACUACCAAUUCACUAAUAAUAUUGCAUCAGUAUGUUGCAGAACACAUCUGCAAAAAACACUCAUCUGAAGAGACCUUAGAACACAUCACUUUCCACACGACUGGGCAAUUAUUUGGCAAGACCUACAGAACAAAUAGUGAUCAAUGAGUUUUGAUUUUGUAUCAUAAAUAAAAGAUUGUAUUUUAAAAUUGUA